CCUCAUCCCUUUCAAUGAGGAAACGGGAUUCGGUGUAGCUGCUGAAGUCUUCUCCCACAGUCGGUGGAAAAAUUCUGGCAGCCAGCAGGUGGAGUUUGUUCAGUUGUCAAGUCGUUUCCUUCGGAGGCAGAUGGAGACCAAGCGUCCACCUGCUGCAUCGGGAUUUGGAAGCACCCUGAGUGAAUCAGCCUGUUGAAUGGUUCCACGGAAAUUAUCUUCCUGGCAAAGGCUGCAAGGCAUCACACGUUUUCGCUUACUGAAAACUAGAGGCCAUCAAAAGAAGAUAUAAGGAUCCACCAAAAGAAGGUCCAACUGUAUUAAGUGCUGCCUAAACGGAAGUAAACAGAGCUAUUAUGAUUCUCCGUCAUUCAGCCUCUAAGCAAAGAAAAAUGUAUAUGCCUGAAGUCAUCAACACCAUUAAAAAAUAUACUGUAUUACAGAACAUAAAGAUUUUCUCUUGCUUGUCACAAUGAAGAAUAGCCGACCUUUCUUAAAGCUCUGAUUUGAAUUGCUUCUGCCUUGUCAGAUUCACAAGAAUUAUUUCUUCAGAUUGUUUUGGAUCCACCAACAAUUUUAGCACCUUGCCACUGAAGGUAAAAGGGAUCUACCUAGCAGAAAACCUUAGCCAUGGAAGUUUACACAGCAUCCACAUCUCCAGUGCUUUGCAAUGGAUCAUGUUUGUACACCCAAAACAAAACUCUUUCAGACAAAUCUGAACACCAGCAAUACGUCAUAGGUCUUUUUUUGUCGUGCCUUUACACAAUAUUCCUUUUUCCUAUCGGCUUUGUAGGGAACAUCCUUAUUUUAGUGGUGAAUAUCAGUUUCCGUGAGAAGAUGACUAUUCCUGACCUGUAUUUUAUAAACCUUGCGGCAGCAGAUCUCAUUUUAGUUGCUGAUUCCCUCAUCGAAGUUUUUAAUCUUGAUGUAAAGUAUUACGAUAUCGCCAUUAUUUGUACUUUCAUGUCUUUGUUCCUUCAAAUCAAUAUGUACAGUAGCAUAUUCUUCCUAACAUGGAUGAGCUUUGACAGAUACAUUGCCCUGGCAAAAGUAAUGAGGUCCAACUUGUUUCGCACAAUGGAACAUGCCAGAUUAAGUUGUGGUCUCAUCUGGCUGGCUUCCAUCUCUGCGACACUAGUUCCCUUCACGGCUGUAUAUCUGCAACACGCCGGAGAGGUGUCCUUCUGUUUUGCAGAUGUAAAAGAAAUCCAGUGGCUUGAAAUAACGUUGGGGUUCAUCAUCCCAUUUGCGAUCAUUGGCCUUUGCUAUUCAUUAAUUGUUCGAGUCCUGGUAAGAGCCCACCGGCACCAGAGUCUGCGUCUCCGCCGACAGAAAGCGCUUCGCAUGAUUGUGGUUGUUGUCCUCGUCUUCUUCAUCUGCUGGCUUCCUGAAAAUGUCUUCAUAAGUGUACAACUGCUCCAAAAGACCGACCAAACCUCAUCAAGGGGACAAUCUUUCAGACAUAAUUACCCCUUAACGGGACAUAUUGUGAACCUCGCAGCCUUCUCCAACAGCUGUUUGAACCCCCUUAUCUACAGCUUCCUAGGUGAGACUUUCAGAGACAAACUAAAACUGUACAUUGAGCAGAAAACCAAAGUGUCCGUUUUACAUCGUUUUUGCCACGCCACCCUGAAGUCAGUCAUUACUGAUAGCACUGAGCAAUCGGAGGUUUGAUUUAGCCUGUAUCAAGUUACCAGGACAGAACCUGAUCACAAUGCUUAUUGCUAGCAGGAAAAAGAAAAUUGUACAUUUUGCCCUAUGCACAGAUUUGUACUCUAUUUUUAUGAGAAUAUGUAAAAGAUUACAUAUUAUUCAGAUCUGGUUUAAGUUUGAAUAAGAAUAAAUGGCUCAUGGAAGGUUGGUUGAAUUUGUAUACUCACAAAUAAUAAGGUACCAGAAAUAUUAUGAAAGGAAGGACAUGACCAUAAUAGAAUUAUCCAAUGUUGUUAGUUUUCUUGCAUAUAUUGGAUGCCCUGAACAAAACAAUAAAAUGACAAUAAGACUGGAAAAAUGCAAUAGUACAUAUUGCUGUGAACAUCAAUAAAAGUCAUUGAUUUUUCCAUCCCAAGUAUAUCUGCUUACAAAUUUGGUUUAGAGAAGAGUUACAUGGUUCAGCACACAAUACUAUAUUUAGACAGAUGCAUUCUGUUGCAUACAGAGAAUGAAGAACAACAGAAAAUCACUCUAGAAUUACAGUGGAGACCUCUUUCUGCUACAUUUUUAUGAUUUACAAAUCCCUGACAUUUCCAUGAGCACGUACCAGUUUGUAAAUGAAGCCCCAAAAUAAAGUAAUAGUUUCCACAUACAGUAGAGUUUAUUAAACAUCAAAUUAGGUUAUGAUUUUACAAAUUAAGCACCAAAACAUCAUGUUAUACAACAAAUUUGACAGAAAAAGUAGUUCAAUACGCAGUAAUGAUAUAUAGCAAUUACUGAAUUUACGAAUUUAGCACCAAAAUAUCACGAUGUAUUGAAAACAUUGACUACAAAAAUGUGUUGGAUAAUCCAGAAUGUUGGAUAAGUGAGAUUCUACUGUAUCAACAAACUUAGCCAAAUGCACAGAAAUAUCAAAUCAAAGUCAUGAAAAUAGACUUCCAGGACAAUGUGUCUCUCCUCCCUUCUGAAGCCACUGCAUUAGUGUGAAAAGACCUUAGAGAAUGAACUGAGAACAAAGACCACUACAGUUCGGAUUUCAUCUUCUGGCUAGAACAAAUGAUUUGCUAGAAGUCUUGCCUCAAACAACACUUUCUUCCCUCAGCAUCAAUGCCCUGUCUGCAAUAUGGACAAUAAUACCGCCUUGUCUUGCACAAAUGCUGAGAAAGUAAUGAAAUGUAAAAAGCUUGAACGCUCUGAAGUACUAUAUAAAAUGUACAUAUUGCUGCUACUAUUAUUACUGUGAUUAAUUUCCACUUCAUCAAGUGGGACUAAGUAAGUUUUUGUACAGACUUUAAUGCAACUAAUUUAGAUUGGAUCGAGAAUAAAGCAGCUUCUGACUUUU